GUGCAGUGCGUGUUGUCCUCCAGCAGGCGCCGCUGUGGGCGUGCUCUGAGCCGGAAGCGGAAGCAGCAGCUGCAUGAGCAGCAGUGAGUGGGGUCGCAGUAGUGAUGAUGGCGGUGAGGGCUUCAGUGUUCAGAAGGGUUUCAGAGGACAUCAGCAGCACACACUACCUGACCAACAGAUUCACUCUCCAGACGCAGCAGAGGUGUGGCUUCCGCAAAAUAACAAAGAGGGUGGAGCCAAAGAAGGGUGUGUCAGAAGAGGCGGAGCUAAAUGAAAUCCUCCACAAGAAGGGCGAGGCUCCUGCUCCAGACCCGCCCACCCCACAUGUACCCGCCAGGUCAUUUGGCAGACUGGUCAAACCAUUGGUCUUCACUAUAGGGUUUACAGGUUGUUCGUUCGGCGGAGCGGCGAUAUGGCAGUACGAAAGUCUAAAAUCUAGAGUACAGAGUUACUUUGAUGAUGUCAAAGUGGACUGGCUGGAGAAGAUACGGCCUCAGAAACAAGGCGAUUUGCACAAGCAGGUGAGCCAGUGGUGGAACAGUUUAAGUGAUGGACAGAAAACAGUCACGGGCAUCAUUGCAGCGAACGCGUUGGUGUUUUUUUGUUGGAGAGUUCCUUCUCUGCAGCACACUAUGUUCAAGUACUUCACAUCUAACCCCUCCUCCAAGGCUCUGUGUUGGCCCAUGCUGCUGUCCACGUUCAGUCACUAUUCUCUCUUUCACAUGGCGGCCAACAUGUAUGUGCUCUGGAGUUUCUCUUCGAGCAUCGUCAACAUGAUGGGCAAAGAGCAGUUCAUGGCGCUUUACCUCUCCGCAGGUGUGAUUUCUACGUUUGUCAGUUAUGUGAGUAAAACAGCGAUGGGUCGGUUUGGUCCAUCACUGGGGGCGUCAGGGGCCAUCAUGGCUGUCCUAGCAGCUGUUUGCACCAAAAUGCCUGAAGCCAAACUGGCCAUCAUCUUCCUCCCCAUGUACACCUUCACCGCCGGAAACGCUCUUAAGGCCCUCGUCGCCUUGGAUACCACAGGCUUGAUUCUGGGAUGGCGUUUUUUCGAUCACGCAGCUCAUUUAGGUGGAGCUUUAUUCGGCAUCUGGUACAUAAUUUACGGUCACGAGCUCAUUUGGAAGAACAGAGAGCCGCUGGUGAAGUUGUGGCAUGACUUCAGAACGAGAGGACCGGGCGCUGGUGGCACCGGCUCGAUAUAGAGCCUUGCAUCAUGGGUAGACGCUGAGCAGGUGACAUGGAGAAAAACACAAGACUGAGAAAUGGACACAGACACAGAUAUUCAUGCACUUGAAGCUCGUAUUGUGUUGAUUGUUCUGUGAGAGAAUCAUAGAGUGAGGUCCGUUUCAGUCACAGUGAGUAACGGUAGUACUGCUGUGAUGUCAUUAUGCUCCGCCUCCGAUUUUAAAUUUGAGUCCAAGUAGCUCCGCCCCCUCUUGGCUAGAAAUGCAAAUGUAUCUAAAGGGGCGGAGCUUCGGCACAGCUCUGAGGUCGCUAUAGGUCUCAGUGACGUUUGACACAAUGUACAGAAACUAAAAUGUUUAAAAUUGUCUGCGACUGUCAUUUUGAAAAAUAAAAUGAUUUAAAAAUCUGUUGUUAGAAAUGAUCAGGUGUCAGCUUUUGUUUUAUUUGCUAUAAUUGUGUGUAAUAUGUUCUGCUUACAUUGUUUAUUUUCUAAGUUGCAGAUGAGACUUUGGUCCUUGUUAAAUGUGAAUGAUUAACCAUGUUUCUCUAUAACACACACACACACACACACUCACCUGCGCUAUACGUCAGUAUAGAAACCGUUUCAGUGUUGUUCUCUCAGAUCGACCAAAGUUCAGUAACAGUCAUGGCAUCAUAAUGGCUCAUGAACAAUGAGUCUGUUUUUCACUUCCUCAUGUUUUUAUGAACUCCGUGUAUCGCUCGUCUCUUCCUGUUUCCCAGUUAUCACUCGUUAACUUCCAUCGCAUCAUUCUGUUCUUUUAUUCUGAGUCCACACGUCACUCGUUUUGCUGUAUUCUGGUUUUUGUUUAAUUAAUCACACAGUUUGGGUUUCAUGAAGAAAUGUCCAGGUCAUAUUUCACCCCCCAAAAAAUAUAUUUAGCUAAA